CUCCAAGAUGGCGGCGCUGGCACUGAGGGGUUUGGGGCGGCGCUGCCUCCUGGCCCGGCUGGGGCCCGGCCCCACUCUGCACCAGGUGAUCCCGAUGGGAACGACGGCCCGGGAGGAGAUGCAGCGAUUUUGGGAGAGGAACGAGAGCUCCAACCGACCCCUGUCCCCCCACGUCAGCAUCUACAAGUGGUCUCUGCCCAUGGCCAUGUCCAUCACCCACCGUGGCACCGGCGUGGCACUGAGCCUGGGUGUGUCCCUGUUCUCCCUGGCUGCUUUCCUGCUCCCAGAGCAUUUCCCUCAUUACCUGGCUCAGGUGAGGGACCUGAGCCUGGGCCCCGCCCUCAUUUUCUCGGCCAAAUUCGCUCUGGUCCUUCCCUUCUCCUACCACACCUGGAACGGGAUCCGGCACCUGGCCUGGGAUCUGGGCAAGGGGCUGCGGCUGGCCCAGGUGACCCAGUCAGGUGUGCUGGUGCUGCUGCUGACCCUGCUGUCCUCCGCCGGCCUGGCCGUCCUGUGAGCCACAAUUCCAGGGGUUUCACCAAUUCCGGCAAUUCCCAGAAUUCGGGGAAGGUGACGCUUUCCCCCCCCCCUCCCCAAAAUAAUGCCAGGAUGAGCAGAUCUGCCUCUCCUACCCCACCCCCACCAACCCGUGCCAGCCUCACUGCUCGUCCCCGGUGUCCCCACGUGUCCCCAAGGCCGGGACAAUGCGGGAUCUGUGUCCCCACGAGUGGGAUCGGGAAUGGCAGAGGGGACAAGGAGCUCCAUUGAGCCAGCACACCACGGGGGUGGGUGACAGGUGACAUCUCGCUGCCACCUCCCCCCCGCCCCUCUGCCACCACUCGGGGUCCUCGAUCCCGUGGGAAUUCCAUGAUUCAGCCCAUUCUGGAGGGGGAAAAAAAAAAAAUAAAAAAUUCUCGUUUUGGAGCUUCCUGCCAGGGAAAAAUCUCCUUUUUUUUUUUUUUUUUCCUCCUCUCCUGCUGGAGGGAUUUUUUUAAAACUUUUUUUUUUU